AUGGAUGAAUACCUUGCGCGCCCGGUUGAGAAUGUCUCAGACCCUCUCAAGUGGUGGUCGGACAAUCACCGAGCAUAUCCGAAGCUCUCACGGAUGGUGCUCGACUAUCUCAGCAUUCCAGCAACAUUCACUGCAGUUGAACGCGUGUUUUCACAAGGCCGACAACUGCUUCAUUUCACGCACAACCGCCUUGCCCCUUUGACAAUCCGGGCCUCUCUGUGCCUUGGGUCUUGGGCGCGCAGUGACCUGCUGCGCAUGGAAGAUCUCAUUGCAGCGGUGACUCCAAAGAAGUGCAAGAGGGUAGAGCUUGAUGAGGACAAUGUCCAGGGUACUCAAGCUAUAUGA